AUGUCAGACUUCAAGGUGCAAACUAUUGAAACCACGCCAUUUUCAGAUCAAAAACCAGGUACUUCUGGUUUGCGUAAAAAGGUCACCGUGUUCCAACAGCCACACUAUACCGAGAAUUUCAUCCAAUCAAUUCUCGAUGCCAUCCCUGAAGGUGCCAAGGAUGCAACUUUAGUUAUUGGUGGAGAUGGUCGUUAUUACAAUGAUGUAGUUAUCCAACUCAUUAUUCAAAUUGCCGCAGCCAAUGGAGUGCGUAAAGUUAUUCUUGGCCAAGAUGGAAUCUUGUCUACUCCAGCCACGUCCCAUGUCAUUAGAAAAUAUGGGGCUACUGGUGGUAUUAUCUUAACUGCAAGUCAUAAUCCUGGUGGUCCAAAAAAUGAUUUAGGAAUCAAGUACAACUUGGGCAAUGGUGGACCAGCACCAGAAUCCGUUACAAACAAGAUUUUUGACAUUUCAAAGACUUUAAAGAGUUACAAGAUUGUGGAAUUGCCCAAGGUUGACAUCCACACAAUCACACAAGGUGAGGAAGAUGCAAAGAAAGUUGGACCAAUUGAGGUUCAAGUCAUUGACUCCACAAAGGAUUACGUUGAUAUGUUGAAAGAUAUUUUUGACUUUGACUUGAUCAAGAAAUUCCUUGGUGAGAGUGAAAAAACUGGAUUCAAGGUCUUGUUUGAUGCAUUGAAUGGUGUCACUGGUCCAUACGGAUACAAGAUCUUUGUUGAAGAGUUGGGUUUACCUGAGACAUCGAUUCAAAAUUAUGUCCCCAAACCAGAUUUUGGCGGAUUACACCCAGAUCCAAACUUAACUUAUGCACACACCUUGGUUGAUAGAGUUGAUAAGGAAAAGAUUGCAUUUGGUGCUGCAUCAGAUGGUGAUGGUGACAGAAAUAUGAUUUAUGGUGCAGGUACAUUUGUUUCGCCUGGUGACUCUGUUGCCAUUAUUUCUGAGUAUGCCGAUGCUAUUCCAUAUUUCAAGAAACAAGGUAUUUAUGGUUUGGCGAGAUCGAUGCCCACUUCAGGUGCUAUUGACCUUGUUGCCAAAGACAAGGGACUUGAAGUGUACGAAGUGCCAACUGGUUGGAAGUUUUUCUGCUCAUUGUUUGAUGCAAAGAAAUUGAGUAUUUGUGGUGAAGAGAGUUUUGGCACAGGCUCAAACCACAUUAGGGAAAAAGACGGGUUGUGGGCCAUCGUUGCAUGGUUGAAUGUGUUGGCAGAUUACCACUCAAAGAACCCUGAUUCCGAUACAUCGAUUGAAAUUGUGCAGAACUCAUUUUGGGACAAGUAUGGAAGAACUUUCUUUACAAGAUACGACUAUGAAGAGGUUUCUAGUGAAGGUGCUAACCAAUUGAUUGACUUGUUGCAAAACAUUGUUGAUACCCACAAGCCAGGUGAUGAAUUAGCUUCAGGUUAUGUCAUCAAGCAAGCUGAGAACUUUUCGUAUACCGAUCUCGAUGGAUCAGUUUCUGCAAAGCAAGGUUUAUUCAUCAAGUUUGAGAAUGGCUUAAGGUUUAUUGUUAGAUUAUCGGGAACUGGUUCAAGUGGAGCCACUGUGAGACUCUAUUUGGAAAAACAUUCCAACGACAAGUCGCAAUAUAAACUUUCUGCAGAUGAGUUUUUCACUAAAGAUGUCAAGUUUGUGCUUGACUUGUUGAAGUUUAAAGAAUUAUUGGGUAAAGAUGAGCCAGAUGUGCGUACUUAA